AUGCCGUCCUUACACUCUUACAAACAACAAAUCCUGGCUGUUCUGCUCUGCCUUGCUCCCUCUCUCGUGUUGGGUCAGACUGCAGCAGCAAACGUUGUUCACUCUUGUCUGACUGAGGCUGGAGUACAAUCAACGAUUUCUACGGACAACACAUGGACCAACGAUACAGCCGCUUUUCAAUUCCGUCUUCCUCGGCAGCCUGUCGCUGUUGCAUUCCCCGAGAACAAGGACGAGGUAGCUCUCGCUCUGGGCUGCGCUCGUAAGUCUACAGUCAAAGUCUCAGUCGUUGGCCGCGGACACUCCUUCCAGGGUUCCAGUUAUGGCAAUCCAGGUAACCUUGUCAUCAACAUGGCGGCUUUUACGGACAUGAGCUUCGAUGCAGCCACCAACGAGCUGAAGUUUGGCGGUGGAGUCAAUGUCGGACCAGCGGCCAAGUUUCUCUGGGAUGGCCACAAGCGACACUUUCCUCACGUGCGAGGGUCUCAUGUUGGGCUAGUAGGCAGCUCUAUGGGCGGCGGCUUUGGCACCACGUCGAGAGUCUUUGGCACGCCGGUCGACAACCUCGUUUCUGUGGAAUACAUGCUAGCUAAUGGAACGAUCGUCACCGCCGGACUUGGUUCAGACCUGUUGUGGGCUGCGAAAGGUGCUGGAGCCAGCUUCGGUGUUGUACUAUCGGCUACUACAAAGACGUUUAGUGUUCCUCUUGACGGAGCGGUAAGUUACUCGCUCGCUUUAGGCGACGUUGAUGUCAACACCGCGGCUGCAUCCCUGCUUGCCAUUCAGAAAUGGUCCACUGGCGGCCAGGCUCCUGACGCACUCUCCCUCCGCUUCGCGCUUGCGAACUACGCAUCGGCGGGAUUCUUCUACGGCGAAGAAGCUGCGUUCGACAAAGCGUUUGCACCCCUUAUCACUUCGCUACGCACUAUCACUCCCACUGUCAAUCUGACCAAGACUGUUCUUCCUACAUUUUGGGAUUCAGAAGUGGCCGGCACUGGUCCUGGAAUGAACCUCGCCACGGGCGGCGCGCUCGGUGGGCGUGCUUCCCUGGUGCAGUCGUGGACCACUACAAGCGAUCACCCGCUUACACUGGCCCAAGCAAAGGCACUAUUCACUAGCUACCGCUCCCUCGAUCGCACCGACCUCAAUGGUACUGGUUUCUUGGACCUGUGGGGCGGUGUCAACCGCAACGUCAAGGACUCCGAUACGAGCUAUGCCCACGGCAAGAACCUUUGGUUGGUGCGCGUAGAUGGUGUGGCUGCUGGUACUGCCUGGCCUAGCAACGGCGUGGCCUACAUGCAGAACCUCAUGAAGCCUUUCGGAGAUGCGUUGAAGAAAUCCGCUUCCCUGAGAAGCUUUGCCAACUAUGUCGAUUCCGAGUUGUCUGUCGCUGACUGGAGCGCGAGACUGUACGGCGCCAAUUUUGCCAAGCUCCAGAAGAUUAAGAAGGCGGUUGAUCCUACAGGCCUGUUUUCUGGCUUCAAGCUGGCAAUUCCCCUUCCUAGCCGUCGGAACAGGUAG